ACCAUCAUAGAGUCUAAGACGUCAGAAACAAACAUUGAGAACAAACCAGCCAUCGCACGUCCAUCGAAGUCGUCGUCCCAACCGCUUCCACAGGAGCCAGUGAUAUUCGAAGGGUCCAUGGGCAGUCCAUCUGGCCCGCAAAGCCCUUCCCUUGAGCGUAGUGCGAGCACCGUUUCCAGUCUACACUUCGAAGAACCCGAAGAGCUCGAAGGAAGUCAAUCUACCAUCUACGGGCAUGGCUCAUAUCAGCGCAUGACACUCUUUUGCUGCGUGCUGUCCUUGGUGGUCCUUGAGUGCCAUGGCCUAGCCUUCACGGUGAUCGCUCGCGGAGUCGACUUCUGGUGCAAACGACCCGCCGCAUUCCAACAAAUUACCGUAACGGAGUGGAAGAACGUUGCCCUUCCAUUGGAAUCCGAUGGGAGCUACAGCCGUUGCAACGUCUACGACCAUCCGUUUGGCCCUAACAAGACAUCCAUGCCAUGUUCCGCCUGGGAAUACGAAAGCUCUUACCGCACAAUCAUCAGCACGUGGGACCUGGUAUGCAGCAGGGAGUGGCUGCUGUGGUACGCGGCAGUGACGUACCUGAUUGGAGCGGCGAUUGCAGUGCCCUUUACGGGUAUGGCUGCCGAUCAAAUUGGACGUCGUCCGGUUGCUUGUAUCGCCAUCGCUGUCAUUCAGAUCGCUGGUCUGGGAACCUGUUUCACUUCCAACUUCACACUUUUUGUAUGCGCUCGCUGUGUCGUGGCAGGAUGCUCCAGCACAAUAUUCGUCACCAUUUUCGUCCUACUGCUCGAAAUCACAUCUGCUGAGCAUCGUAUGCUUUAUUGCAUUACUUCAGCAUCACUAGGAGUCGGCAUAGCAAGCAUCGUCCUCGUUGUGCUACAGGAGUUCACCAUUCCCUGGCGCGCCCACCAGGCUGUUUUCAUGGCUCUCACGGUGCUCCUGGUCACCGCGUUCUACAUGAUCAGCGAAUCUCCACGGUGGCUUCUCGCAACGUGCAAUUUCCGCAGCGCCGAAAGAGCGAUUCUUUGGGCAGCGAAAAUGAACAAUAUUCGGCACGAGAUGGUUCGGACACGUUACUCGAAGUUGAAGAUGGAAAUACUCAAGAAGGAGGAUUCCCUGCGAGUGACGCCCAUCUACCUGUUCACCUCCCCGCUGCUGCGGGUGCGAUGCAGUUUACUUUUCUUCACCUGGUUCGGUACAGCGUUUUCGUUUUACGCACUCAAAAUGACGACCGUUGUACAAGAGAAGUGGUGGGCAAGUAUCGCCAGCGCAGCUGUUCCAAGCCCACUCAUCGCCAUAGCUUAUUUGGCCAUAAACAGAGGAGGCUUGAAGAUCACGCUGGUUGCGACCUUCGGGUUCUUGGUCUGUUGUGGCGCUGUGUUGGUCGCGCGCUACUCUUCGAGACUGCUAAAUCUCACCAACGCGGUUGUGGUGGUAGCCAGAGGAGCCACAUAUAUUGCGUUGACGGCGAAUCACAUUUACACGGCUGAACUGUUCCCGACUAUACUGCGCAGCCUUGGCGUCUGCACGGCGUAUUCCUUCGGUGGAGUGGGAGGUGCAACCGCUAUAGCGCUGACCGCAUCGCAGGACAUCAUAUCGCCGCACAUGACGAUGGCACUGCUCACAGUUUUAAUGUCAUUUGCGGUAUUGGCGCUGCUGCCAUUACCGCGAAGCCAUUCUCAACCGCUACUCAACACCAUGAAGGACCUAGAAAGACUCGACUGCAGGAGAUAUUUUCAAGAGACAUUACCGGAGCAUUUCUGUAGAACGUCACCGAGGAGGCUCUGGUCUCUGGAGUCCUCACAUGCGUCUCGAACGACAACGCGUGCCAGGUCUGCAGAAUCAAUCGAGCAAUUUCAGCCAUCUCUAUCGAUAUCUCGUACCUCGAAUAGUAGAUUUGAAUCGGUAGCUAGACUACCUGUUGGUGGCAAUCCAUCUACCUCUCGAAGGCAUUCGGCACCCCGCCUUAAUAAGCGUCCUGGACCAUCACGUGAGAGAUGCUUGUCUGUGUGAGUUCCACGUGGCGCUACUUUAGAAUGACAUGAUAGGCAUGAGGUUUAUUAGCCUGUGAUGAAAAUAAACUUAACAUAUAUUUCAGGAAAUUAAUUUGUUGAUUCACUGCCGGCAUGUGUAGCCAAGAACAACUUUCAUCGCCAGAGGUGAUACUCUACCCCAUUG